UAUUGAUGGACUGCCGCCGAAUUCAGCGACAGUCUGCGGUUUUUAUUUGUACGCUCCUGUCACACGGCCAGAAACUUUUAGCACCAACUACCUAUUAAAGUGAUUUAAUUAAGGGCGUGUGUUACCGUUGCGAUGUGUGGUGUGAGUUGAUAAACAUAGUGUGAGAUAGCUACGUUAAAAGUGCCCAAUUGAUAGCACGAAUUUGGCUAAGGGUGCGUGCCAAUUAGCUGAAAAUAAGCCAUCAAUCAGUUCAUCAAAAUGAGUAAAGUAAUAAAGUCGACUGAUAUACCUAGACAUAAUAUUAGUGACCAGGGAUGUCAUGGACAGAUCAAUAAGCAAAAGCAUGAAGAGCAAGCGCGAGAAAUAUGUUGCACUGUCAAUAGCUCUAAGGCUUUUCAGCGAUGUGUUCGCUUGCCAUUCGUAUUGAUGGCUGCCGCCCUGACAGUCUACGUAUGUAUUCUGUCCUCCGAUCGCUAUUUUAAUUUUUGGGUACAAACUUCCAUUGAACGCACCGAUCUCCAUGUCUCAGAAAUUGAUUUUCCAGCCGUGACCAUUUGCCCAUCAAAAUUGAGCAAAUUAAAUCUGUCGACUACACAAGAUCAUGCACAGUUUGAAAAGAUCUUCAAUUUGGCACAAGAUGUCCUUUGGCAAACAAGAGACGUUGCAAAGGCAACAGUGCCUGAUUUUGCCCAGUUUAGCGAAUAUAAUGGUCAAUUGCUACAGAACCUCUAUCAAUAUUUUAAUUUCACAUGUGAAGAAUUUUUUCAUGAGUGCUACUGGCGCCGCCAAAUGAUGCGAUGUUGUGCCCUCUUUCGACGACAGGGUGCCUGCUAUGUCUUCAACACAGUUCGCGGACAGAAUACCGAUCCUACUUGGCCAUGGGUCGUGGCUGAUGCUGGCCCAUACAGUGCCCUCAAUGUUCGCAUUAGACGACAGUUACCGAAUCUUACAGUAAACAGCAUCGGAGUCAUUUUACAUGAGCCAGAUCAGUAUUUAGCGUCCAGUAUCAUUUAUACUACAGAUGAUCGAAUUGUGGUGCCUGUGCAACCCUUGCGUUUCACUGCUGAGGAGGAUGUAAGGUCGCGCCCAGUCGCCAUGCGCCACUGUUAUUUCCCGCAAGAGUUAAACAGAAUUGGAGAAUUACGCAGUGAUUGUAUUCGCAACUGCAAUUUGCGCUUCAUACAGAAGAAGUGCAACUGCCAUUAUGAUACGCCAUUACCCCUUCAACAGCAACAGCAGGAGCUUUCCAGCAGUUCUGAUGGCCGCCGCAGAUGCAGUCUGAGUGAUAUACCGUGCUUUUAUCAGAAUAGAUUAUCUUUAUAUUCAAUGAGCAACAUUAUCGAGGAGUCCAAUGAAUCCGUCUUUACCACUGUGGACUGCGGCUGUUAUCCAAACUGUGAUCACACACAAUAUCACUUUUUGGCUUACACGGAGCGCUGUAACACCCACGAAACUAAUAGUAGCUUCAUAGUACUUGAUGUCUAUUACCAAGAAGAAACUUUGUUCUCAUAUCGCUCAGUGUUGCGCUUCAGUUUGUUGGAUUUGAUGGUUUCAUAUGGCGGCAUUGCGGGUCUGUUUCUGGGCAUAUCCUUAAUCGGUGCUAUAGAUGCUUUUCUGGUGUGCAUUGCUGCCGAUUUUUCACGUAUCUCAGCUACCUGUAAAAACAACGGCCUAAAUUUAUGCCCAUCCAAAUAAUAUGUUUUUAAAAUGCUACCUGCCGUAGCAGUGGAAAAUUACCAACCAAGGCUCGCAAAGACACUUCUUUGUCUUAUAAUAAAGGUUACAGAGGUUGGAGAGCAAUGAAAUGUGUUUUAGCCCAUGAAGCACCGAAAUCUAAGAUUUUAUUUUAUGAGGAAGACCUCUGUGACGUAGAAUAAUGGCCUAAGAACCCUGCUCAUAAAAUACCCUAUUCCAAAAAAAGGAAGUAUUUUGGUUUGCUUAUAACAUACAAAUAUAUUGUUCCAGAACAUUGCUUUAGUUUUUCUCCUUAGAAAUAGAGCAAUGAUGUUUACAAGUUCAUAUACAUACUUUAAGCAUUCAGAUGAGUCGAGAAGAAAGAAAGAAGAUAUUUUCCACAGGCGAAUCCAAAUCGCGAUAUAUGCCUAUCUGUU